AUAUGUUAUCUACUUGCAGCACAUGUGCAACACCCCUAGCUUUUACACAAACAUAUAGUUCUGCACAUGCGUAAACGCACACACACAUGCACUGGACCGAGUUUGAAAAAACCAUGCCAAAGAUAAAUGCGGAGCACUGUUAUGAAGAAUCACACUCUUAAUUUGCUGCCAAUUUUGGCCCUGGCAAGUUUGUUCAUCAAGAUAAGUGGAUCGAUCUCUCUUAACCCAGUUCUGACUGGUCCUGACAUGGCCUACCUCAGCUCGAGGGUGGUUUUCCGGUGUAUUGCACCAGACUCUUCUCUGCCAGUCACAUAUGAGCUGAUGUGGGACGGCGGUGGCCUGAUUGACAUGGUUGCUGAUCUCCAGGGGGACCAACCUGCCUCAUUCAAACUUAAGGUCACUGCAUCAUCGGAGGGGUCAUACCACUGCAAGGCAACGACAGGAAGAAGCACGGGAGUCAGCGACAGCAUCAAGCUGAGUGUAGUCACUCCACCAUCAAACACCAAAGUGACUUCUGAACCCUUUCCCCCCGUUGCAUAUGAGGGGUCACGCAUCGUACUGAGCUGCAGCGUCACAAAAGGCUCCCACCUUUCCUACACCUGGUUUUUCAACAGGAAGGAAGUAACAUCAUUAACCUCCCCCCUCAUUCUCCUUACUGCAAACAAACUAGAGAUGAGAAAUGUGGCUCCAGAGCAUGCUGGGUACUACUAUUGCAUGGCUUGGUCCAGGUUGCAGGACACCAAGAGGUUUUCCAGCAGCUCAGAGGUCCAGGUGACGGUCAAAAAAUACGUUUCCAAACCAAGAAUCUCUUUCUACAUCUCUAAAGAGGGAGCCAGUUAUCAUGGCAACGUGACCUGCUGGUCAACAAGAGGGAGUCCUCCGGUCAACAUCUCUCUUUCACUAGAUGACAAAGAAGUGGGAUCUGUCACAGCUACUGAAUCCCUCAGUGCCUGGUUCCCUGUCGCCAUGUCACUCGGGCGGGACAUGGGCAUGGCUCAGUGUCGGCUGACUACUGAGGUUCAGGAGUUGAUGAGUGAGCCUGUGACUCUGGAAGUGGUCCCAGUCGGAGGUGAUGUGAAAGUAGAGGUUGAAUAUCUCUACACAGCUGACUCCAAAAUGGCCGCCGCCAGGUUGAGCUGUCAUGUCAGCAGAGGAACUUUCCCUCAUGUUUCCUGGCUUUUGAACGAGUCUGUUCUUCCCUCUGAGACACAUGAGGACUUCCACAUUCAGCCUGUCCUGUCUCACUAUGCCCCAAUGGAUCACAGACAAACCCUUGUUGUUACCAAGCUCAGCCUAGAGGAGUCUGGGUAUUACCGCUGUAGGUCCAGGGACAGCUUCGAUGAAUCCGGGCUCUGGGUGGAGAGUGCAGCUGUGCUGGUCCAAGUCACAGACUGGAACCUUUACUCCCUGCAUCGAGAAACGUCUUCCACUGAAACACCAUCAAAGGUUUUCAUGAACACCAUGGAGGUCAUUAGCAUAGUGUUCUGCUGCUUCCUUCUUCUAAUGUUGGCAGUGGGUGUAGGCUGCAUGUACAAGAUGUUUGACCACAAGCAAGGGCAUGCCCACAUUACUACAACAAAUCCCACCCCUGAUGCACUUCCUCUGUCUGCACCCAUGUCCCAGUUAGGAGGCGAACAGGACGAAACAGACUGGGAUUCUUGUAACACUAUCAGCUAUUUGCACAUGUUUCUAAGUGUGUGUGUGUGUGUGUGUGUGUGUGUGUGCGUGUGUGUGUUCUCCACAUCAAAAGUGCCCUCAACCUUUCAAAACUGUCAAAACGCCUGCAAUUCACAGAGUAGUGUAGUCAUAUUUGAAGGAUACCGUUGCAUUAAAGACAAUAAUUCUUCUUUGAGAAUGUUUACUUCCCUCCCCUUCAUGGUCGUACUGGUGUUUGGCUACUGUAGCAAGGAGAGCAGUCAGUCAAUUCUGGGGCGUCCACAACUGUUUGGCCCUUCGGAGGCUUUGGUGGAAGCCAUUGAAGUGUUUUCGUGCAAACUGGAAAUCUACCCAGAGAAUGAAACUAUCCUGUUUCAGUUAUUUAAGGAGGAUAACCGUGACAAGUUUUUGAGUGAAUUCACCUCACUGAAUGGGCAGGUCGCAGUCUUCAACAUGUAUAUCAAACCUAAACAUGAGGGAAACCUGGAGUGUGUGGCCAAGGGACAGAACAACUCUAACAUAGAGCCUACUGUCAGCUACACACACUACCUGAAGGUUGUUGAACCAGUGAAAGGUGCGAAGAUCAGCGUUCGUUCAGGUCCAGUGGAGUUCUUUGAGGGGAAGACACUGGAGCUACACUGUGAUCUUACUGCUGGAACUCAUGUCUCUUACAAAUGGCUGCUAAAUGGACGGCUUGUCUCUCCGUCUCGACUCCACUAUGUUGCAGAUGGCCAGCUCUUAAUCCACAGAACUACUUCUAAAGACAGUGGCUCCUACGAGUGUGUUGCCACCAACCACUUCAACCUAACAGACUACACCAACAACUCUCAAGUUGUAAUCACAGUCAAAGAUGUGGUGUCAACCCCUGACAUCUCCUUCACUGUGUUAAAGCAAGAUCCCCACAACUAUUAUGCCAUGGUCACCUGUCAGUCAACCAAAGGGACUCCGCCUGUUACCUUUUCACUGUACAACAGGACAGAAUUGGUUUCCAAUAAGACAGUUGAAGAGACACAAGCCACAUUUAAGGUUCCAUUGGUCUUGGGCCUGCACAUGGGAUGGCUCCAGUGCCAGGCAGACAAUGGAGACCAGAUCAAAUUCAGUCAAUGGAUUCCCCUAGAAGUCGUCCCUGUUGGUGGGCCCGUGAUGAUGCAUUACGACUAUGACGUUGGAGAAAACUACGCAGUGAUUGGCGUGAGGUUCUACUGCAAGGCGGCAAAGGGAUCUUUUUCACAGUACAAGUGGUUCCUCAACCAAACCCUACUACAUGACCAAGGAAGAUUUUUUUACGUGGUCAACCAGCCUCCAGAACAAUCUAUACUCCUGCUAUCUGUAGGGAGGAGCAGCACUGGAACAUACCACUGUGAAGUGUCAGACAGCUUUGACAACACCACAGCCAUAGGCAGUAAUAGGCUGUAUUUGGAUAAAGAAGUGCUGAAUCGUCUUCCCGUCUUGGUGGUUGCAGUUGUCUUUGGAGGUUUCACAGCACUGAUUCUCCUGGUCUCCAUUUGUUGUUGGCUUGGAACAAUUUUCAGGCGAAGGCAGUAUGGAGAUAAGUCUCUGAGCUUGGAGAUGGAGGGAAGGGUAGCUGUAUAUGAGGGCGAGCUGGACUUGUCAGACUACCAGGAGGAUGCGGAUGUGGUGAACACGGCCACAGCUGAUGGAUUUGAUCAGGCAUCUGAAGCCUCCGAAGAUUAAUGGCCCAAAUUUAAGACCUGUCUGGAAGUAGAGGACCUG